AUGGCACUAGAGACCCAGCGUCCUGAGCCGCUCCCGGUAUACUACAUAGGCCAUGCUGGAGUCGGCCUACUCUUCAAUGAGUCGAAGAACAAUCAUACUGUCCAAGACAACCUAAGGAAAAUUGGUGAUGAGAUUCUCACCCUGUCUCCCCAACCAAAGGCUAUCAUAGCAUUUAGUGGCCACUUUGAGGCUGGAGAGAUACACGGACCUGGAGUGAUUGAAGUGAACGUCAAGGACGGAACCUACAUCCUUCACGACUUCGUUAAUGACUUCCACGAUUCCAAACCUUUUGUAUAUCAGUAUGACUGGCCGCACAAGGACUCGCCAGACCUCGCAGUGGAGGUAUGGAAACACCUCGUUAAGUCGGGAGUCAAGGCCAAGCGUGUGGAGCGCGGGGUCGACCAUGGGGUUUGGGUACCUUUCAAGGUCAUGUUUCCACCGGAGAAGCCUCUUGGAAUUCCCGUGAUACAGGUAUCCACAUAUCACGGCUAUGAUUUGGAGAGCCAGAUCCGCUUAGGACAGAUCUUCGAGUCACUACGUCAUGAGGGCUACCUCAUCGUAGGCUCUGGCAUGGCGGUGCAUUCAUUCGCGUCCAUUGCUGAAAUCCAGGAGGCCAAGACGGAUGAGGAGAGGGAGAGAGUUCGGGCCAAGGUCCUUGAGGAGUCGAGGGCUUUCGAUACUUAUCUAAGAGAGGCGGUACAAAACCACAACGCCGAGGAAAGGAAGAAGGCACUGCUGGAACUGGAAUCUCUAUAUGAAUUUAAGCGAUCACAUCCGACAGUCGAGCACUUCACCCCACUUCUGGUAACAGCUGGCGCGGCCGGAGAUGCGAAGGUUGCGCCUUUAGGAGUCGACAUCAUAGAGGCCGGAAUGUCAUAUCUAAAUCUGCGCUUUAGUUAG